CCAGUUACGAUGCCACUGCCCACCAUUUAUUACAUUUCUCUCCUACCACUGAAUGCUCCUUUAUUGCACUAAGAUAUACUAGUAGGAGUAUAUAUCUCCUCCUUUCACCACAACAUUAAUAUUUCUGAAACAAUUUAGUUAGCACAAAAUCAUUUUCUAUUUCAUUAUUUUCUGUUUCAAUAUUUGAGUUCAUCACCAUGGCUAUAGCAGAAGAAAUCAAGAAUCCUCACGUUGCAUUCCUCCCAAGUCCUGGCAUGGGACACAUCACCCCACUCUUUGAGUUCGCUAAACGCCUAGUCAUCAACCACAACUUCCACGUCAGCUUCUUCGUCAUCACUACCAACGCAUCCACCGCACAAAACGAACUUUUCCGACCAGACAACCUCCCAUCCGACUUCCACGUCAUCGAAAUCCCGCCUGUCGAAAACAUGUCUUCAUUUUUCACUGAUGAUAUGAGAGUAGUCACACAGUUAGCUAUCAUGGUCCGAGAAUCACUCAAACACCUCCCUUCACUCUUAAUGACACAUCGACCAAAAGCUUUAAUUAUUGAUUUGUUUUGUACUGAUGCUUUUGAAAUAUGCAAAAAGCUUGAGAUUCCUGUUUACUCAUUCUUCACUGCUUCUACCAUUUUAAUGACGUUCUCUUUGUACCUGCCGACGCUUGAUAGGGAAGUUGAAGGAGAGUUUGUUGAUCUUCCUGAACCUAUUCAAACUCCUGGAUGUAAUCCAAUAUGCCCUCACGACGUCCUAGAUCAGGUAAAAGACAGGAAAAAUGAGGAGUACAAAUGGUAUUUACUUCACGUCAGCAGGUUGCCGUCAGCCGCCGGAAUAUUUGUCAACAGUUGGGAUGAUCUUGAACCUGUGUCCCUUAAAGCUCUCAAAGAAAAUUUAUUUUUCCAAAAUAUACCUGUUCCUCCAAUUCAUGCAAUCGGGCCUUUGAUCAAACAAGAUGAAGUUAUUACAGAAAAGGGUGCUGAGAUUUUAGCGUGGCUGGAUAAUCAGCCACCUGAUUCUGUUCUCUUUGUGGUUUUUGGUAGUGGUGGCACUUUGACUAGUAAACAACUUAUUGAGUUAGCUUGGGGUCUCGAAAUGAGUCAACAAAGGUUCAUCUUGGUGGCGCGUAUGCCAAGUGAUGCAAGUGCCUCAGCAGCAUUUUUCAACGUGGGCAGCGAUGAAAAUGAUCCAUUACUCUACUUGCCCGAAGGAUUCGUGAAGAAAACGGAAGGAAGGGGUUUGGUGGUCCCCUCUUGGGCCCCACAAGUAGCAAUUCUCAAUCACCCAUCAACCGGUUCAUUCCUGUCACACUGUGGAUGGAAUUCGACUUUAGAGAGCAUAGCCCACGGCGUGCCAAUUAUUGCGUGGCCGCUUUAUGCCGAACAAAGGAUGAACGCCACCGUUUUAGCGGAGGAAGUCGGCGUGGCGAUGAAGUUCCCGGUAGUUCCCUGCGAGGAGUUAAUUAGCCGGAAAGAGAUAGAAAAAGUGGUUAGAAUUGUAAUGGAAGGAGAAAAAGGCAAGGCUAUGAGAAGGAAAGGAAAAGAGCUCAAAGAAAGUGCUAAAAUUGCACUAAGCAAAGGAGGCUCAUCUUAUGAAUCGCUUUGUAGUGUUCUUCAGUUUUGGAAAUCUCAGUGAUUGGUGUUAGCUGAAACAAGAAUUGCAUGGGAUUGGAAAAUGUCAGAAAUUUAUUACUCCCAUGCAUAUGAGUGCACAUGACGAAAUUGUUGUGACUUGUACGUCCUAUUGACUAUUGAAUAAAAUCUUGGGAAAAGUUAUGAAAUGGCCA